AUGAGAAUUAUAAUAGGUCUCAGCAACGCUGGAGUCAAUAGCCUUAACCUAAACAACGUUGCUGGAGUUACCAGUGCCAGUCUCAAUAAUGCUGGAGUUAGCAACAUCGGUCUUAAUAACGGUGGUAUUAGUGGCAUUAGCGUUAACAACGCUGGAUUAGUCGGUGCUGGCAUCGGCGGCAGCAGCUUAGCAGGCGUUGGCGUGCAAAAUGUAGCUGCCAACGCGGCGGUGCCAGUCACCGGCCCGUUUACCGCCACUGGCAACGCUGAGCUCGCUGUGGGUGGAGAGUUCAACGCAGGUGGUACAGCCGUAAUCGGUGGUCAAAUUCCAGUUCUUGGUGCGGUCUCCUUCACUGGCCAAAUACCCGCCAGUGGAGUCGUCUCCAUUGCUGGCAACUGUGCAUGCAAUAGCUUACCGCUGUAA